UCGCUCGCCUUGCCUCGCCAUACCUAACGCUCCUUAGCAGCAAUCCAGCAACCGAUUGAUGAGUACCGACUAGCACACUACCUUUGCAGACAGGGGCCGUUCGUGAACCCAGCAAACUUCCCCAGCCAUUGCAUUCCACGAUCCUGGAGCUGCCAACCUCAGCUUGCGCUCACCAACAGCUUCAAUUGCUCCCCCGUAAUCCCUUCCACCGAGCUUUCCCACGCGCAUUCGACCCCUCGCAGGCCCAUUCGAUUCGUUCCGCCCAUCUUGCCCCUUCUAGAUGCAGCUUGCACUCUUUGCGCGCCACCGUGGGCUCCCGAAAGUCGAUUCUAAGCCUCCUCACGCCUCCCCGGACCCAAACCCCGAUUCAAUAAGUCUGUCGAGUCUCGCCUGAGCCCGCCCACUUUGCCCGGCUUCGCUUCGGUCGGCUUUGACGUGCCUGGUCAUCGCCUUGCGAAGGGAUGCAGGUCAACAGAGGAAACGCUGAGGCCCUGGGUCGCAAGGCCAAGCUUGCUCGCUCGUACCAGGAGCUCCUCGACGAGUUCUCCAACAAAGACCUCAGCUCCGUCGGCAACUACACUCUCGGUCGUCUCAUAGGAAAGGGUUCCUUUGGCAAGGUUUACUUGGCCUCUCACAAGCUCACCAAUGGCUCCAAGGUCGUCCUCAAAUCCGCAAAUAAAGGCGACUCGAAUCUCGCACGCGAAAUACAUCACCACCGACAAUUCGUUCAUCCACAUAUUGCCAGGCUAUAUGAGGUCAUAGUCACGGAGAAUCUGGUGUGGCUGGUUUUGGAAUACUGUGCUGGCGACGAGCUUUACAACUACCUCCUCGAACAUGGCCCCCUUCCCGUCCACAAAGUCCAGAAGAUUUUUGCCCAACUCGUUGGCGCUGUCGCAUACGUACAUCAACAAUCAUGUGUCCACCGCGACCUCAAGCUGGAAAACAUUUUAUUCGACAAGCACGAAAACGUCAAGCUUGUUGAUUUUGGUUUCACGAGAGAAUACGAGGGGAAAUCGAACUACUUGCAGACAUUCUGCGGCACAAUAUGCUACUCGGCACCCGAAAUGCUGAAGGGCGAAAAGUACGCUGGAGAAAAGGUCGAUGUCUGGAGUCUUGGCGUUAUCCUAUAUGCCCUACUAUGCGGAGAGCUACCGUUCGACGAUGACGAUGACACCGUUACACGUACAAAGAUCCUCAGCGAAGAACCGAAGUUCCCCGAUCAUCUUCCAACUGCCGCCAUUCCGUUACUCAAGUCGUUGCUCUCUAAGCGACCCCUACUCCGACCCUCCCUCCCCGACAUCCUCACCAACCCUUUUCUUGCCGAACAUUCCCCAGCACAACAAGCAAUCCUAAAACUGCAAAGGCCUCCGCCUUUCUCAACGCAUCUAGAGAAGGAGACUCUUCAGCGCAUGCGGGGAGCGGGUGUCGACAUUGACUCCGUCAUCGAAAGCGUGCUUGCGCAGCGCUGCGACGCUUUGGCUGGCUGGUGGACGCUGCUGAUUGAAAAGGAGCAGCGGAAAGUCAAGAGAAGAGAGAGGAAACGGCGGGAAAGAGAGGCCGAGAAUAGGAGCUUGCGUCGUCUGUCCGCCGCAUCCAGCAGACUCGAGCGGAUUGCGCCUGUGUUGCAAGAGGUCGAUGAGGACGGCGGACUGACAAACCGCUUCAUCAGACUUGAGGACGGGCCUAUCACGCCACGGACAAGAGGCCGGUCAGAGAGAAGAAGCGCGCAUUACGCCGACUUGGGGGACUUGCCCGGUCUGCCCGAGCACAGCAAGGAAAACGGAAGUCCAGAUACAGAGGAACCACCUCCACCAAUCGAUAAGGAUUCGAUCCGGUCUGCCAGUACGUCUAGACAUCGUCGCCCGGUUCCGCCCCCUAAGGAGGGUGUGAUCCGCAGCGCGCGAUCUCGGGAGCGACCACCUGAACAACAACAAAAGGUUCGCAAGAAGCCCUCACAGGCCAUCAUUGCGCAUUGGAAGAACUGGACACACUGGUUUUUGGAGAACACCCGUAGGGGACGGCACGCGAACAAGAGAGGGAGUCACUCAACGCCUAACCUGGUCGAUAAAAACGGCAGUGUCGCCGGCAGCAGCAGCAAACACUCUAAGGACACGAGUCCUCGGCCGCAGACGAGCAAGUACCCAACAACGGAUGCCGGCGUACCUCAAGGAAAGGCCGGAUUGCCUCGUGGCGUAGUGGCUAAUGGCCAUGCCAACAAGGCACUGCCAAGUCACGCAGGAUCUGGAGGCUUCAGCAGUCCCGCCUCGGGUGGAGGCUCUGUCCCCUCGCGGGUACCGUCCCGAAUCACAACAUCUUACAAGCGACAAUCGCUGUCGCCGUCUCCCAUGACCCCACGAACUACGAUGCGGCGCUCCUCGGCAGGGUUGAGGGGCCGCAAGUCCACCUCUUCAUCGGUCUCGUCCAUUCGUUCGAUGCCUCACCAUCAUCAUUCUCAUUCCAAAGCUUCAUCAACAAGCUCAAAUGGAUCGGUCUCGACUUCCAUGUCCAAAAACACUCUCCAGCGCGGGCAGUCGCCUCAUCACUCUGUCAAAGUUCUUCCAGCCACUCCCACCGCGACCGCCUUUCCGUCGAAUAUCCGUCUAGUUCGAGGGCCAGGUCCCCCGGCCCCCCUUGCUCUAUUCAAUGAGGGCAUGCCUCCCCCACCGGUAACGUCAGGAAUGCAGGCUCCAGGCUCGCCUAAUCCCUUUGCCCUGGGAGGGGGCAUCCAAUUUGCCAAGCGAAAGCGAAACAUCUUCAAGGGUCCGAUGCUGGCCUUUGGCGGAGGUGGCAGCGCAGGCGGUGGCGGAGGAGGGGGCGGCAGCUCACGAAGCACAAGUUCCAACCAUUCACGCAGUGCAAGUGCUUCUGGACUCGGACGACGGUCGGGCGAAGCUCCCAUCCAGGAAGAGGAAGAGGGCGAAGAAGCGGAAGAAGAAAUCGAAGAGGUUGACGCUUUCAGCCCCGUUGUUGGGGGGCCCGGAGAGCGCAUCGAGGAGCAAAUUAUUGAAGACAGCGAGACAGAGGCACUAGCAGAGCAGGCGAAUGAGGAGGAAGAUGCUCCUCCGGUAACGCCAAAAGCAUCAGCCGCCCCUGUCCCGACAUGAUCAACCCCAACUACCCUUUCUGCCGUCCAUGAAGGAGGAUGAUGGCCACUUUUUCCCCCCCAUAUACAAUGUUUACUGUGAGCAUGAUCAAACACGCUCCAAGGAACGAGUCCAGGC